AUGAGUGUUAUCAAAAAUGUCGCCAUCGCUGGUGCAUCCGGUUCCCUUGGUGCACCCGUCCUCGACGUUCUAAUCAAAUCCAACAAAUUCAACGUCACCGUUCUCACCCGUGCCGAUUCCACAUCAACUUCUCAAUUCCCCUCCUCGGUGACUGUCCUCAAAGUAGAUUACAAUUCCAUUUCCUCCCUUACUUCAGCCCUUCAGAAUAUCGAUGCCGUAGUAUCCUGUGUCUCCGCCACCGCACUUCAUUGCCAAGACCUCCUCGUCGACGCCUCCAUCGCCGCUGGCGUGAAGCGCUUUCUGCCCUCUGAAUUUGGUUCAGAUCUUGGACACCCUCGUACCAAGGCUCUCCCAGUCUUUGCUCAGAAAGUCGCGAUGGAAUCACGUCUCGAAGCCGCUGCCACUCAAAACCUAGCCUUUACAUACACGCUUAUCCGCAACGGACCCUUCCUCGAUUGGGGACUCAAGUAUAACUUUCUCCUCGACCUUGAAUCUGGAAACUCCAAAAUCUACGACGGCGGUGAGCAUCUAUUCAGUGCAACGACACUGGAAACUAUCGGUCUUGCCGUUGUCGCUAUCCUAGAAAAAUUCGAAGAGACCAAAAACCGAGUAAUCUACAUUCAAGAUAUUCAAAUAUCUCAAAACCAGCUCUUGAAGCUUGCAAAGCAAGUUGCACCAGAAAAGAAAUGGGAAUCAGUUCCUGUAGAUACAGCUACCAUUCUUGCAUCUUCGAAUGAGAAGCUUGCGAAAGGGGAAGUUACUAUGGAAGUCAUGAUGGGAUAUAUCAAUGUUUCGAUAUUCGGAACCGGUUACGGUGCGAAAAUGGAGAACACUGACAAUGAAUUGUUGGGUUUGAAAGAAAAAACUGAUGCCGACUUGGUAACUUUAUUGAAGAAGCUCAUCAUCAAGCAAUAG